CCAAAAUACCAUCGACACGUUUUGAAGGUAUUUUGGUCGAUUUAUUUGAUGUAAAAUAUUUUUUUGAUACUUUCGGUAGAUUCGUUUAUUUUCUAUCAAUAAACACUUCUAAAAAAAUAGAGAGAGAGAGAGGGAGAAAACCAAUUGGCAGUCCGUCCGAUGGCAGUUUUCCUAAACUUCUGUGAUGAAGACACGGGAAAGAGCUUCACGGCCCAUCUCAACAAAUCUCUCACUGAUUCCGGUAUCUCUACCACCUUCUCACUCACACAACAAAAACCACCACCACCACCGAGAGAUAUAGAGAAAGCUAUUAAAGAAUGUGAGGUGUUUAUUGCCGUCUUUUCACCCAACUAUGCAUCCUCUUUCUCUUGCCUUCACCACCUCUCUUAUGUACUGAGCUUGCCAACGAGGAGGACUAUCGUUCCUGUGUUUUAUGAAGUCGAGCCUUGGCAUGUGUGCUGGCAAAAGGGGCCUUUCGAGGGGGCUUUCGAGGAUCACAAAAAUAAGAACACGAUGCAGGGGUGGAGAAAUGCUUUGAAAGAAGUUGCCCAUAUUUUUGGUUUGGAUACCAAGGAUUACAGCUAUGCUUCCUCUUCCUUCUGCCUCGACAAGCUUUUUUAUAUUCUGAGUUUGCCACCAACGAGGAGGAGGCCCUUUCUUCCUGCCACUUAUGAUAUGGAGCCUUCGGAUUUCCGUUGGCAAAAGGGAUCCUUCAAGGGAGCUUUUGAGGAUCACAAACGUAAGAAUGGGAUUGAUGAGGAGACGAUGCAGAGGUCGAGAAAUGCUCUGAAAGAAGUUGCCGAUCUUUCUGGUUGGGAAAUGAAGAAUUACGGGGCUGAAGCAAAUUUGGUAGAGAAACUUGUUACGUAUGUUUCUACGAAUUUGGAGAGCAAAGCACCAAUGCAUAUUGCUGAUCAUCCUGUUGGGCUUGAAUCUCGCAUUGCUGAUGUGAUGGGACUCUUAGACAUUGAUAAUGUUGAUGCUCGGAUAAUUGGGAUCCAUGGAAUGGGUGGCAUUGGUAAGACUACUCUUGCUAAGGCAGUGUAUAACAAAAUACGUUCAAGCUUCCAAGGCUCCUGUUGUUUCCUCUCAGAUGUUAGAGCAAUGUCAAAAACAAAUAAUGGAGUUGUCGACUUGCAGAAACAGCUUCUUUAAGAACUGUUUAAUGAAAGUGAGCCAAUGUUGAUGGAGAUCAACGUUAUUAAGAACAGGAUUGGUUCUAAGAAAGUUGUUGUUGUAAUUGAUGACAUUGAUAGCGAGAAGCAGCUUGAAAAUUUAGCUAUUAACCGUGGUGGGUAUCAUAAAGGGAGUAGGAUCAUCAUCACUACAAGGGAUGAGCAUGUGUUGAAUGUAAACAAGAGAGUUGAUGAGUGUCAUAUCUACAAGCUCAAAGAAUUGGAUGGCACAGAAUCUCUUCAACUCUUCUGUCGGUCUGCAUUUGGGAUGGAUGAACCCAAGCAAGAAUAUGCCAACCUCUCCGAGGAUGUGGUAUCCAAUGUUGGUGGCCUUCCACUAGCUCUUGAAGUGUUGGGAAGUUACUUAAACGAUAAGACCCUUGAAGAGUGGGAAGAGGCAGUAAAAAAUUUGAAACCAAUAUCUGAAAAGGAUGUCAUGCCAACGCUGAAAAUAAGUUUCGAUGAUUUGAAUGAAGAAACAAAACAAAUGUUUCUUGACAUUGCAUGCUUCUUCAUAGGAGAAGAUAGAGAUUAUACAAUUGAUAUAUGGAAAGGUUGUGGUUUCCCUGUUUUAAAUUCCAUAAGGAAACUAUUGCAAAGGACACUUAAAAAGAUUAUUAAUAAGAAUGGGUUGUGGAUGCACGACCUACUUCGUGAUAUGGGGAGGCGGAUUGUUGAACUAGAAAACCUGGAUGAUCCUGGACGGCGCAGUAGGUUGUGGUCUGAAGAAGUCAUCAAUGAUGUGUUGAAGAAUAACGGAACUCGAAAAGUUCGAGGCAUAAACGUCUUGGACACCAUUGAAACUGAAGCAUUUAAAUCAUUGACCAAUCUGAAGCUGCUCAGAAUUAAUGGUGUGUCUCUGAAUGGGAGCUUCAAAAUAUCUUUCAUUGGAAUUAGUGUGGAUACAAUGGUGGGAUUGUCCUUUACACUUUUCCCGAAGUUGAAGAGUCUUCAUCUCAACAAUUGCUACAACUUAGAGAGAAUUCCCGACUGCUCUCUAUACCCAAACUUGGAGAAGUUGAUGCUCGCCGAGUGUCCAAACCUCGAGGAACUGCCAGAUUCGCUAGGCUCACUAGCAAACCUUAAGGAGUUGGAUGUGACUGGGUGCUAUAACCUCAGCAGAUACCCAGCAUCAAUUGGAAGGAUGAGGUCACUACGUUAUUUAAGAAUGGGAAUUAUUUCUAUAGCCGCAUUACCUGAUGAUUUUGGGCAUCUUUCUAAUCUCGAAGAGUUAAACAUGGAAUGGUGUGAACAGUUGAAAGAGCUCCCCAAAAGCUUUCGAAGUCUCACAAGUUUAAGGAUUCUCAAAAUUAGAGAAAUCAAUUUGAUUCCAUCUUUUUUCUCUGGUUUUUCUUCUUUGGAAGAGUUGGAAGCAGAAUUUUGCAAUUUAGAGGGGAUGAUUCCUGAUGGCUUUGAAAAAUUGUCAUCAUUGAAAACGUUGAGUCUUGGCAAUAACAAUUUUCAAGGCUUGCCUAGUAGCAUGAGGGGCCUUUCUCAACUAGAAACACUGUCUGUAAAAUAUUGCAAGCAGCUGGUAGCAAUCCCUGAGCUCCCCACCAGUUUGAAAGUUUUAGAUGCACCAGGAUGCAAAAGUUUGCAAACAAUUCCCAAGCUAUCCCACCUUUCUAAACUAGAAAAUCUGAAUAUAAGUUGUUGUGAGAAGCUAUUAGCUAUCGAGGAUCUUCCCACCAUUUUGGAAAUUUUGAAUGCUAACAGCUGCAUAUCUUUGCAAGUAAUACCCAACCUCGCUCACUUUUUUAUACCCAACCUCUCUCACCUUUCUCAACUAGAACACUUGAAUGUUUCUUACUGUGAGAAGCUAUUAGCUAUCGAGGAUCUUCCCACCAGUUUGAAAACUUUGAGGGCUUCCAACUGCAUAUCUUUGGAAAUUAUACCCAACCUCUCUCACUUUUCUCAACUUGAAGAAUUUGAUUUAAGUAACUGUAAGAGGAUGACUAAGAUACACGGUAUCAGUGGAUUGAAAUCAUUGAGAAGAUUGUACUUGAGUGGUUGCAGCCCUCAUGUUUGGACAGAUCAAAAUCUGGCGAAGGAAAUGUUUACAAGUUUAGAGCAGUUAAGUGUUCCUGGGAGCAAGGUUCCAAAUUGGUUCGCAUGUAAAUACACACCAAGAUACACCUGGAAUCCAGAUGGGACAUUGCAUCAACAAGUGUCGUGCACACUGCCGUGGCCUUCACAUGCAGGCCUUGAUAACAAAGAAAUGAUGGUGUACAAUGGUCAUACGGUUGACUUAUUGAUCAAGAGGGAAGGCGAAGUAUUAAGUGAAUUUCCAUUACAAAUUUAUCCAGGCACCCGCCAAAAUGAAAUUUAUUUUUACCAUUUUCGAGAUGGUCGAUAACAUCACGAGGUUGGAAUGUUCUGGUUGGAAGAUGGGGAUCAAAUUGAAGUCGUGAAUGGCUCGAGACAAUGCGAGGAUCAAGUUGAAGACAUAGACGAAUUGAGGGCAUCGUUGAGCUUUCCCUGCAUCCAUUUGAAGAAAGUAGGGAUCAAUUGCAUAUAUGAAUCAGAAGAUACUGAGGAUUUUAUGUCUAAAUCAGAAGAGACCGAGGAAUUGAUAUGCGAAUCAUCAGGUACCGAGGAUUUUAUGUCUGCAUCAGAAGAGACUGAGGAAUUGAUAUGCGAAUCAUCAGGUUCCACGUCUAAAUCAGAAGAGACCAAGGAAUUGAUAUGCGAAUCAUCAGGCACCAAGGAUUUUAUAUACGAAUUAAAAGAUUCCCAGGAUUUUAUGGAAGAAAAACUGGCCGACUUCUUCAAUUCAUUGUAUGUAGAAUGACAAUUUGCAGCCUCACUAUCUCUUAAGGUUUUUGCAUCUUGGAGGAAUUGGAUGCAGAAUCUUGUAAAUGGGAGGGGAGGAUUUCUGAUGCGUUUGAAAAGUCUCACAAGUUUAAGGAUUCUCAAAAUUAUGUGCCGCUGGUAUCUAUUCCUGAUCUCCCAACCAGUUUGAAAGUUGUAGAUGUACACGGAUGCGAAAGUUCCGAAAACAUUUCGAAGCUAUCUCACCUUUCUAAACUGGAACACUUGAAUGUUUCAUGCUGUGCGAUGCUAUUAGUUAUCAAGGAUAUUCCCACUACUUUGAAAACUUUGAGGGCUUCCGAGUGCAUAUCUUUGGAAUAUAUAGCCAGCCUCUCACCUUUCUCAAUUGGAAGAAUUGGAUUUAACGAACUGUAAGAGGUUGAUUAAGAUAAUGGGUACCAUUGGGUUGCAAUCUUUGAGACCUCACGUUUGGGUAGAUCAAAAUCUAAGAAGGGAAGUUACUUCCUUUGCACAAAAGCUCAUGUUGUUUGGUUAUUGAGUUACCUUUAUUUCAUUGACCGCUAAUUUCCAUUUUACUUUCAUUGUGUGUAUAUAUAGGAAAUGUUUACAAGUUUACGGAACACAAUGCGAGGAUCAAGUUAAGGACAAAGAUGAAUCGAGGCCAUCCAGAAGGUUUCCCUGCUUCAACUUGAAGAAGGCAGGGAUUCAUUUUGUAUAUGAAACAGAAGAUACUGAGGAUUCAUAGAAGAAAAACUGGCUGGCUUCUUCAAUUCAUUGUAUGUUUCAUGACGAUUUGCAGCCUCACUAAUCUUGAGGUUCCGACAAAUAUUUUCCUUCAGAUUGCUAGAUUGUGCUUUGUUUUGUUUAUAACAGAUGGAUCACAAAUGAAGUCAGUAUCAUUAGCCUUUUUAUUCAAUGAUUUUGAAUGAAAAGUUAUUAUCUUUUGACUCA